GCGAAGCCCAGGUCGGACAUCUCCAUGUCCUCCGUUGCCUCGUCCAGUGUGCUGCCGUUCGGCAAGGGCCCCGCCAAGUCGCCGCUGCUUCCGCCAAAGAAGGAGGAGGUCGUUUACACCACCAAGCCCAACAUGGCCGGCGACUUCCGCACGCUGCCUCCGGCAGCCUUUGCAAAGCUGUCAUCAGCUUUUGAACCCAAGGCCCGGCCAGAGACGAAGGCAGAGACCUCUCCAGCACCGAAGGCUGCACUGCCAAGCCCUGAAGAGACCACCCCUUUUCUGCGGGUGGUGCCCAGCCUUUCCCCAGCACUCUGGUCUCCCCUGCAUCGCCGCUGGACAUGCCAGCCCGCCACUGUCAUCCGCAAGCCCCAGCCCGCCCCGGAAAUCCUCGAAGUGCCGGAGGCCGAGGCCACGCAGCUUGUGGAGCCAGACAAUGACAAGCCAAAGCCUAUCCAAGCAGCCCAGGCUGUGCUGCGACUCUGCAGCACUGCCCCAGCACUUUGGUCACCCUUGCACCGCAAAUGGUGUGGUGAUGUGCUGAAGAUGCAGAUCGCCCAGGUACCUACGCUGCUGGUGAAGAAGGCGGCCUCAAAGGCGCUCCUCUUGCAAGAGGGCUGCCCCGAUCGAGUGGCGGCGGCGUCCAUCAAGGACGUGGCCAUGCCCGAAGCAGUUGAGGCCACAAAGGACGUGGAGAAGGCCGAGGCCGCCAUUGUGCCAGUCACCCUCGAGGCUCCCAAAACCCCCAUGCCACCCAGACCCUUGAUCAGUUGCUCGGCUGCGCCCGCGAUCUACUCGAAGUGGCACAACCGAUGGACGGGCUUCCUGCCCCAGCCA